UGAAGGACAUUGCUGUGCAGAGCACGGGUUGCAGAGCUCCUGAAAGGGAGACAAGCAAGAUGCGAAAAAUAGCAGGAAAAAAGGCUUUUUUUUAAAUAACAUGCCACCAGAACUUCUGCAUGGUAACAAAGGGCUCCCAAAAGAAUUUAAUAUAGCUCAUUGAGUUUUGAUUCUACUGAUAGUUCAAAAGGGAUGAUAUGGAAAGUUUGAAGAUGAUCAUCUAAAGCAGCUGGGUAUUUGCAAAAGAAGACUUCGACAGCACACAGAUACUUAAUCUCUAAACCAAGUUCAACGAUGCAUUAGAGGAAGCUGGAUUGGCUGUACUGAGAUUUCACACUGAAGGAUGAAUAGUGAAGAAGAGUUUUAUGAUGCCGUUACGGGCUUUGAUUCUGACAAUUCUUCAGGAGACUUUUCAGAAGCAAAUCAUAAAGUUGCAGAAAUGCUUGAUCUAGAUCCACACCAAAGCAAUAGGCCUGGAAAGCAUAAUGGAGAGACAGAGAUUCAAGAAAAUGGAAUUAAGAGACACAGGACAUCAUUACCUGCCCCAAUGUUUUCUAGAAGUGAUUUUAGUGUGUGGAGCAUAUUAAAAAAAUGCAUUGGACUGGAGCUGUCUAAGAUUACAAUGCCUAUUGUCUUCAAUGAGCCAUUGAGUUUUCUUCAGCGGAUAACAGAAUAUAUGGAACAUAUAUACCUCAUUAAUAAGGCUUGUAGUCAUGCAGACCCCCUGGAAAGAAUGCAGGCUGUAGCUGCUUUUGCAGUUUCUGCUGUAGCCUCUCAGUGGGAGAGAACUGGCAAACCAUUUAACCCGCUGUUAGGAGAAACCUACGAAUUAACCAGGGAGGAUUUAGGAUUUAGGUUUAUAUCUGAGCAAGUCAGCCACCACCCACCUAUUAGUGCGUUUUAUUCUGAAGGCCUCAAUAAGGACUUUAUUUUUCAUGGAUCAAUCUAUCCCAAACUAAAAUUCUGGGGAAAGAGUAUAGAAGCGGAGCCUCGGGGAACAAUUACUUUGGAGCUUCUGAAACAUAAUGAAGCUUACACAUGGACAAAUCCAACCUGUUGUGUACAUAAUGUAAUUAUUGGUAAACUGUGGUUAGAACAAUAUGGAACGGUAGAAAUUGUAAAUCACAGUACUGGAGAUAAAUGUGUCCUUAAUUUUAAACCGUGUGGACUGUUUGGGAAAGAGCUUCACAGAGUAGAGGGAUACAUUCAGGACAAAAACAGAAAGAAGCUGUGCGUCAUCUAUGGCAAGUGGACAGAAUGUUUAUGGUGUACUGAUCCCACUACGUAUGAGACUUACAAAAAGAAUGAAAAGAGAGGUGGUGAGCAGAAGAAAUUGAAGCCGAGUGAAGAUGUUAUUAAAUCCGAAAAUGAUGAGGCUGAUGAUAUGCCAGAGGUUCAAGACACGGUGCAGUUCAUACCAGGCAGUAAAUUGCUUUGGAGAAUAAAUUGUAGGCCACCAAACUCAUCACAGAUGUACAAUUUCACCAGUUUUGCUGUGAGUCUCAAUGAGCUAGAAAAGGGCAUGGAAGCAAUAUUAGCUCCCACUGACUGUCGGCUACGUCCAGAUAUCAGAAAUAUGGAAAACGGAAACAUGGAUGUGGCUAGCAAAGAAAAGGAGAGACUAGAAGAGAAACAAAGAGCUGCUCGCAAGGAGCGUGCAAAAGAUGAAGUGGAGUGGCACACACGAUGGUUUCAUCAAGGCACUAACCCAUACACUGGGACUUCAGACUGGCUGUACUCAGGUGGCUAUUUUGAUAGAAAUUUCUCAGACUGUCCAGACAUUUACUGAAAUUACGGAACCAAUUGCUCAUCUCAUCUGGACAUCUAGUUACUAGAUUUCAUUCCAAGCAAGUUACUCUGGUUUUGUUGAUAGCAAAAACCAGCUUUUCUAAGUAAAUUUUAACAAAAAUUCUAUUGGUCAACAAUCAAGGAUUUAAUUAUCACUAACGUUGGAUUGCCAAAUAUUUGAAUACUGCUGCAUUCUUUCCGUAAAGCUGCACCUGAAAUCAUCGUGCUUUCACUAAUUUUCAAAGGGACCUUUGGUUCUUCUUUUUUUUUUUUUUUUUUCUUAGCUUCUUUGCCAGGAAGGUACGCUGUAUCCGGUAGAGCACAUAACAUCCUUGAAAACUACGUAACUUAAAUAAAAUAGAGAUAAUAUCCUUGUUACUUAGUAUAAUAGUGAAGAAUCUGAAGUUUCUGGAACUCGGAGCAGGGAUGAAAAGCUAGUAUGGUACCAACAGGAUCAAAUCUAGUACUGUUGAUACUCCCCGUGAAGAGAUGCAUGUGAACUUCCAUACGGUAUGUAGCACUAUGUGGGGGCUGGAGCUCCUGGCCCCUCUCUCUCAAUACAGUUCAAUAAUUCAGAGACUUGGGAAAACAAAAAACAACCUGAGCUUCUCAAACUGUAGUUGUGUGUUACAGAGUCUUCACAACUUUUGGACACUGUGAGCAUUAAACUGUAUACCUGUGAUAAAAUUACAUAAAGCAUACGUUAGGAGAAGGGAAGGGUGCAUUAAAAAGUGUGCUUUUCUGAAGUCAAAUGCUGUUCUUAAAAUACGAGAAGCUUCCGAAGCAAUUGUAGGAACGUAGAGGUGGUUACAAUGUAAAAUAUAUUGCUUGCUACCACUUGGAGGCUUAAAUCUUCUGCACUACCUUUGGCAGCUUUGGCACUAUGUACGCUUCUAGACUAAACUUUUAUUCGGAAGCACUUUGGUAUGUAUAUCCACACAGGUUCAUAUUUUGGGGAAGUUUUGGUUUGCAUGUUUUUCAUUAUUAGGUCAUGUCUGUUUUGUAUGUUGUGAAAAAGCAGAAUCAGUUUAAAGCUUUGGCAGAGUUAUACCUAUUACGAGUUUUCUGUGAGCACGUGCUGUCAAAAAGUGGGAUAUUUGCAUAUUUUUUUUUUGUUCCAUAUCUAACCAUCGAAGCCAUAUAAUACUGGAAAUAAUCAGUUACUGAAUUGAUGCAUUCAUUUUCUUUCAA